AAGCACCAGGCACUUAGACCUUCUGUUUCGCGUCCAUGGUCUGCUUCUGACCUUUGCGCCCAGCUUUGCGUCUCGUCUCCCUGUCCUGAAGAUCGAACAAACCUAUUCUCGCCGUCAGCCAAGGCAUUGGAGCGCGGGCCAACCUCGCAGGCGCAAUUCUCCAGCGCUUUCUCCUCCCACCCACCCACCGCUAUUCGAGAAACACCGAGCACAACCAUCGCCGUCCGGCCGCUGGUUUCCAGAUCGAGAGCUGCCACACAGGUCCUGUUUCUUGCUUCAACAACACAGCUUCUAUAAACCAUGGCGACCCAAUCAAUCAAGUGCGUUGUCACCGGAGAUGGCGCUGUAGGCAAGACAUGCCUGCUCAUCUCGUACACGACGAACGCCUUCCCCGGCGAGUACAUCCCCACAGUGUUCGACAACUACUCGGCGAGCGUACAGGUCGACGGCAAACCGAUCAGCUUGGGACUGUGGGACACCGCUGGACAGGAGGACUACGAUAGACUGCGGCCGCUCUCAUACCCUCAGACCGACGUCUUCCUCAUCUGCUUCUCCCUCGUCAGUCCCGCGUCGUAUGACAACGUUACCGCCAAGUGGUACCCAGAAAUCUCGCAUCAUGCGCCCGACGUCCCCAUUGUCCUGGUCGGCACAAAGCUCGACAAGCGGGACCCCAACGAGCCGAAGGGGCCAAACGGCAUGGGCCCUAUCACCUACGAGCAGGGGUUGGAGUGCGCUAGGAAGAUCAAAGCCUACAAAUACGUCGAAUGCUCGGCCCUGACACAGAUGAAUCUCAAAGCUGUCUUUGACAGCGCCAUCAGAGCUGUGAUUCAACCCAAGCCAGCGGAGACCCAGCAGAAGAAGAAGAAGAGCCAAUGCUCGAUUCUGUAACGCCCUUCAGCCCAACGCACCUUCUCCAUACCCUACGAUCGACGAAACG